CAGGGUCAAAGACAGCAUCCUGACAUACAGCAUCAACAUCUAAAAGUCUCUCUUACAAAACUGAAAUGGAAACCCACCUUGCGCUGUCAGAAAGCACAGAAGAGGAAGAAGGAAACCCAAUGAAAAAUCCAUUUAAAGUCCCACCAGACACGGAACUUUUCUCAAUGAGGGACAAGGAAAUUAAAAAGGCACAGGCGGAACGUGAAAAGAGGAAGACUAUGAAAGUCCAUGAGAAAACUACUUACUCCACUAAAAUUAAGGCAAAAAGUGGGUUGAGGAGAGCUUUGAAAAGGGAAGAAGAAGAGGAGAGCAGAAAAGAGGCAACAUGUGAAGAGAGACUGAAAGUUCUUCAAGAGCUGCUUUCACGGAAGUUAGCCAUGAAAAAAGACUAUGCAUUAGACAGGGAGACUUUCCAUGGCUACCUACAGGACAGAAAACAAAUCUUUUUUCUUGAGUACACCAUUGCAGUAAAGCGAGGGGAGAUUGAAAGGAUGGAGAACAUAGCAAAGAACGAGGAAAAGAAACUGGAAAAGGCUGAGAGAAGGAUGGAGAAGGAUGCUGCCAUGUUUGAUGAGUUCCUGAAGGAGAACCAUAAUAGCUCUGUUGAAGCACUGAGAAUGGCCAAAAGAGAAACUUCAGCAAAGACAAAGAAAGUAACAGAGAUCCAGGGAAUCACUACCCAAAUAAAGAAAAUCCAAAGUGAUAUCUCCAGAUUGGAGGACACUCUGCAGGAGUACAAGAUGUACAGGGACAUCCUCUACCAGCUAUCUCCAAAAGAGUGGCAGGAGGAACACAGAAAAAGGCACGAAAAAGAAAAGGAUGUGAAAACAGAAUCCAGAGUUAAUGAAAGAAGUGCUGCACCUGCCCCCACCACCGAGCAGGACCAGGGUCUGACAGCCGGGACAAGCACUGCCCCUAGCAUCAGUUUUACGGAUAUGCCAAGUUCCCUGCUGUUCUCAGAAAGUUUGGAUUUCAGGUCACAUGAUGUCAUGCCACAGCUCAAACACUUCCUGAAGCCUCUUUUAUCAAGAGAACUAGGUUCAUUGGAGGAUGCAGAAAGUGAAAUCAGCUCGGAUGAAGACAAGGAGCCUGAGCUCUAUUUUACCAAUCCCGAACAAUUGCUGACUACUUUCAUGGAGAUGCAGGAUGAGAACAUAUCCUACAUCCAGAACUCCCAGGAUAUUGAGGAGAGCUGGAACAAGGUCCGACACACUUUCAUCACCACACAUGAAAGCAUGGAGAAGGAGUUGGCAGCGCUGAAACAGCAGGUAAACACCCUCCGAGCCACUGUCGCCAAGGAAGAAGAGAAAGUAGCCGAUCUGAAGCUCAAAGUCCAGCUCUUCUCCUCUGGAGAACACGAAGCUGAUGACCAGGACAAAAUUCUGACAAGCCUGAACAAGAAGGUGCUGGAAGUCUAUUUGCACUGCACUGGAGACAAUGAGACAAACCUGCCAACAGUAGAGAUGUUAAAGGUAAUAGAAAAAAAGCUCAAUGACUUGCUGGACAGCGUGGAGAGAAUCCCAGCAGCAAAGAUAGAAAAGGCUGUGAAAGCCAUAAGAAAGGAACAGAGGGCAAGGCUCAGAGAGGAAAAGCAGAGACAACUGAAGCAGCAGCAGGAUGAAGGAUUGAAAAGGGACAUGGAAAGAUCACAGCUACCUGAAGGAAAAAAGAACUUCAAGACAAUGGCCUUGCAUUCCAAUGCACCUGCCAGGAAGAAGAAAGAACAGCCAAGGAAAUAGAUAAGGAGAAGGAAGAACAAUUAUGUUAUUUCUCUUGAUGGCACAGCCUUAACCACAGCUCAUAGGGUUGAUGCUGUUCUGGAAGUCUUUUGUAGAUCUACAUUUUGUCAGUCUUUGCUCUGUUGAACUUUACUGUCCCAUGAAAUUUCCUUCUCCUACCCUAAGAUUCCAGAGAAAGUUUGCAACCCUUUUUCCCCUCCUUUGAUAUUUUGCCUAAGAAAAUAAAUUAAAAUUCUCUCAUUUUGCUUCCCAA